AUGGCUUCGCGACUGGUGCUGGUCCUAGGCGACCUCUUCAUACCAGACCGAGCUUCAGACAUACCGGCCAAGUUCAAGAAGCUCCUCGCACCCGGAAAGAUCGGCCAAAUUCUCUGUCUAGGCAACAUAACAGACCGCGAAACGUACGAGUUCCUGCGCGCUAUUGCACCCGAUCUACAGAUUGUAAAAGGCGACUUCGACGUGGAAGCGCCUAAUCUCGCCUUGUCGAAAGUCGUCACACACGGAAGUCUGCGCAUAGGCUUCACACAUGGCCAUACAAUCAUACCACCCGGCGACGGCGACAGUCUGCUGAUAGCAGCGCGGCAGAUGGACGUCGAUGUCUUGCUAUGGGGCGGCACACACAAGUUCGAGGCGUAUGAGAUGGAAGGCAAGUUCUUUGUCAACCCUGGAAGUGCGACAGGCGCUAUGAGCACGGGGUGGUGGACAGAGGACGAGGAUCCCACGCCGAGUUUUGUGUUGAUGGAUGUCCAAGGCGACGUCCUCGUACUCUACGUUUACCAACUACGCAAAGACGCCGAAGGCAACGAAAACGUCGCAGUGGAGAAAGUCUCGUUCCGGAAAAACGGCGGCGGCGCAUCAUAG